GCAGGUGAUGCAGCUACUGUUUGUUUAGGAUGCACUCUGAGAUUGUCAUCUGUUUGCACAAAGGUGAGAGGAGCCAAUAUAACGUCGGAGCUGAGAGCGCCGGCCACCUCCCUCACUCCAGCACCUUUCAGCAGCGAGAGUUCAGGCUUCAACUGUACGACAGAAACAUGACUUCCAAACUGCAGCAAUGUAUGAUCGACCUCAUCACAGUGUUUCAUACCUACUCUGGAAAAGAAGGUGACAAGUACAAGCUGAGCAGAGGGGAGCUGAAGACCCUGCUGCAGGUGGAACUCGCCGAAUUAAUGGCGGAAUGCAAAGAUCCCGCUGCGCUCGAGAAAAUCUUGAGUGCCCUGGAUGGAAACAAGGAUGGUGAAGUGGACUUCCAGGAGUUUGCAGCUCUGGCCGUUGGACUCACUGUCCUCUGCAAUGAAUUCUUUGUUGACAUGGAUAAGAAAAAAGGCAAAUAGCUGCACCAUGCUUCGACGGGAUGAUCAUAUUCUACAACCUUCCCUUGACAUAAUUAGAAACCUUAAACACCGACAGUACCUUGUGUUGUUGCAAAAGAGAGAUCACUGUUAAAUCUAAAUAAAGAUGUCCCGCUCUUCA